AGAGAUGGGGUGGGGGAAAGGGGGAGCCCCUUCCUUCCUUCUGCAUGCAGCCUCUCACCUCUGCCUCUUCCCACAGGUCACCACCUGUCUGGUCCCUGCCCUGCCCUGCCCCGCUGUCUGCAUGGGCACCGUGGGGCUGGGGCAGGCAUGGGCAGCCCCUACACAGCCUACUGGGACCCACUGACAGUGCAGGAGCACUACAACUACACGCGAGGGGCGGAUGAGCGGCGCGGCUCACCGCUCUCAGACCCUGUGUCAGUGCUCAUCGUAAUCGUGUGCAGCCUGGUGGUGGUGGAGAACCUGCUAGUGCUGGUGGCUGUGUGGCGCAACCAGAAGCUGCACUCAGCCAUGUAUGUCUUCCUGGGUAACUUGGCAGCCUCGGACCUGCUGGCGGGCGUCGCUUUCUUGGCCAACACUCUGCUGUCCGGGAAGCACACCCUGGUACUGACACCAGUCACCUGGUUCAUACGCGAGGGCUCGGCCUUUGCGGCAUUGGCUGCCUCUGUCUUCAGCCUGUUGGCCAUCGCCAUCGAGCGGCAUGUGGCCCUGGCACAGGUGAAGCCCUACCGUCGUGGCGGAGGUGGCCGCAUGGUCCUGCUCAUCAGUGCCUGCUGGGUCGUGGCACUGGCCGUGGCCGGGCUGCCGGCGCUGGGCUGGAACUGCUUGGGGCGGCUGCAGGCCUGCUCCAUUGUGCUGCCGCUGUAUGCCAAAGACUAUGUGGUGUUCGUGGUCAGUGUCUUCACAGUCAUUCUGGGCACCAUUGUAGCGAUCUAUGCCCACAUCUACUGUGUGGCCCGGUCCAGCCACGCUGAGCGGGCUGGUGCCCAGAGCCUGGUACUACUCAAGACAGUCACCAUCGUGCUGGGCGCCUUCAUCAUCUGCUGGCUGCCUGCCUUUGUAGUGCUGCUCCUGGAUGCUGCCUGUGGGCGCUUUGCCUGCCCCGUGCUGGCCCAGGCCAGCUACUUCUUUGCCUUUGCCACCCUCAACUCAGCUGUGAACCCACUUAUCUACACGCUGCGCAGCCGUGACAUGCGCCGUGAGAUCCUGCGCCUGCUGUGCUGCUGGGGGAUGCUGGGCCGCGGCCACCGUGCCCAGCACUGCCGCCAGCCCCUGCGUAGCUCCAGCUCCCCUGAGCCCUGCACCCACAAGCAUGACUUGCCUACGGCGCCCAUCAUGACAACAGCCUGUGCCACCUCUGUCUGAGCCCCCACCAUGGGCAAUGAGGUAGCUGGGCAUCCGGAUCUGGACAGGGCUGAGCCCCUGCUCUCCAGCUGCAGUCUGGGCACACCACAGCCUCUGUCUGUCUGUCUGCCUGUCCAGCCAGUCUGGGGCCAUAGCACAAGGGGCAUGGCCAUCCUUAUUCACCACAGAGCCCCCAGGGCAGAGCAGACAUCUGGGUUGGGAGAGGACCACCCCCCCCCCAGCAUGGUCUCCACUCCCCAGGCAGGACUGUCUGCCUUGGCUUGAUCGGCACUCCCAGGCCUUGGCUGGGCAUGCUGCAGCCUCAGUCUGUCCAUCCAUCCAUACAGCAGCAGGUGCCACUGUCCCUAGUCUCAGGACCCCGCUGGAAUUGCAGGGGUGGCAGUGGGGCAUAGACUGUCCAUGUAUCUGUCUGCAGCUGCCUCCCCGGCUCUCCUGGCAGCCUCUGAGCCAUGGGGGAGCAGCACGAGUGAGUGUGUGAGUGUCUGUGUAUGAGUGUGUCUGUCUGUCUCCCACGCCUGCCCUGAGGCUGGCGCCUCCCUCCGGAGCUGACAGACCGGUCUGGGGAAGCUGUACCCCUGCUGGCGACGCCUGGCACCUGCAGUGCAGGGAGCGGGGCCCAAGCCCCGGCUGUUGGGGGCUGUGUUGACUGCAGCAGAGGGGUCCCUGAGGGGGCUGGGCCUGGGCCUGGUAGGGGAGAAGGGGGGCAGGCUGCCUGACCCUGUCCCCCAUUCGGCAGCAGCUGCUAGUGUGAAUCAUGGGCUGACAUGCCUGGGCGGGGGCAGCCACGUGGUGAAUGGGAAUGAGCUGCAAGCGUGGGAACGGAUUUGGCCCAGCCCGUGGAGUAGACUGGGGUUAAGUCAGCUGCCCCCAGAAGGUGGCACAUGCCACAGCCUGGCAUGCCCUGUGUCCCCCUGUCUCUGCCAGCUGCAUGCACUGGCCUGGACACUGCGAGCCAGGUCACAGGAAGCUCCCAGGAGCUAUGGGGUCAAGUGUACAGGCAGGGAGCACAUGGCGGGGUGCACACUGUGGGAGCACUACAUAUUGCAUGUGCUUAUAGCGUAUGUGCAUGUCCCAGUGCUGCAUGUGGAGUGUGUGUGCAUGGUGUGUGCGCAUGUUCCAGUGCAUGUUGGGUGCAUGUACAUGCCCCCAGUGUGUGAGGUGCAUAUAGGGUGUGUCCAUGAUGUGUGUGUGCCCCCCAGUGUGUUUGGCUGGAUGUGUGCAUAGCAUAUGCACAUGCCCCGAGUGCAUAGGAUGUGUGGGAGGGAGCUGCAUGUACCUUGUCCCUUCUCCAGCUCCUUGUCUCUUCCUGGCCCCAUGCCUUGGCUUCCCUCAGCCUCCCUUAGUCCUCGGGGCCCAUUUUGUUGUUCACCGGGUGUUGGCUGUGCCUUCUGGCACCUAGUGGCCCCUAAUCCUGCUGCUGCCAGCCCUAGGGGAAUCUGGCAGACCUCAGUGCUGCAGCCAGGUACCCAGGCUUGGGAGGGCAGGGUUGGCUCUGCAGUAUGGUACAGUCAGAGUGGGAGGAACCGGGGGAUCCUUGCGGCUGCCCCCGCUCCCAAUCCUGAGGAAACACUAUGGAGCCACAACCCUGCCCCCUCACUACCCAUGUACGAGUGGCCACCACCGACUAUUAAAACAAAGUUUCCGCCA